CAUCAGAAGAGCAGACUUUGGCCUCCAGCUUCUCGGAAAUCCCGCCACCUUCUGAGCUUUGGACGUGGGACGCUAUUGUGGCCGUCUCUUGUGCGAGAAAAUCAAGGUGAUCCCUAUGCGUUCAGGUUCAUGCGGGAAAGAUGGCUCUGGAUAUGAAAAUCAAGGGCCUGCUGUUGGAAACGCUGAAAGACCUGGGGCAGGAGGACUUCAAGGAGUUCAAGUUUUAUAUGGACCUGCCCGAGAGCGUCAAAGAAAACGCAGACCGCACUGACAUCGCCAAACAGCUGAUGAACAGGCACGGCGAGAACGCGGGGGAGAAAACCAUCGAGAUUCUGGAGAAGAUCAACAACUACAACCUGCCCCAGAAGCUGCGCAACGACCUGGCGCAAAUCACAGGUAGCAUCUCCUCAGUGGAUAACGAGCAGAUCGGCAAAUUCAAGCAGAAGCUGCAAGAGAACCUGCGGAAGAGCUACCUCAACGUUCCCAAGGGCAACACGGGGUACGGCCGGCAGGAGCCUCUGGAGAACGUCUACACCGAGCUCAACAUUAGCCGCGGCGUCGCCGGUCUCCCCGACAAGCAGCACGAGGUCCUUCAGAUGGAGAUGUGCGGCGUGGCCGAGGAGGAGUCCAUCCAGCCGUGCGACAUCUUCCAAAGCCAGGAGCCCCUUCGCACGAUGCUCACCGUGGGCUUCGCGGGCAUCGGGAAGACUUUCCUGGUGCGCAAGUUUGUCCUGGACUGGGCCAGCGGGGAAACCAACACAGACGUGGACUUCAUCUUUCCCUUCGCCUUCCGCGAGUUGAACUUGGAGGAGGACAAUAGCUUUUCGCUGGCGGAGCUCAUCCGACUCUUUGUCUGGGAGAGCGAGGCCAUCAAGACGCUGGACCACAUCUUGGUCAGUCUGCAAGAGUCGGCCAACCGCCACUACCAGUCCAGCAAGAUCAAGAUUUUGUUUGUGCUGGACGGCCUGGACGAGUCUCGCCUCAAACUAGACCUGAGCGACGAGCGCAAGAAGCGCCUGGAUGUGACCCGAGCCUACCCCGUGGAGGUGCUCCUGGCGCAUCUCAUCAAGGGGAACCUUCUUCCCUGCGCCCGGGUUUGGAUCACCACGCGGCCCCAGGGGGCCCACGACAUCCCGCCGCGCCUGGUGGACGCCAGAACCGAGGUGAAAGGCUUCAGCGACUCCCAGAGGCUGGACUACUUCAGGAAGAGGUUCCCCAAUGACGAGGAGGACGUCAUCAAGCACAUCCAGAAGUCCCGCACCAUUUUCAUCAUGUGCCACUUGCCCAUCUUCUGCUGGCUCACCGCCACCGUUCUCCAAGACUGUCGGGAUGCCGGAAAGGAGCUGCCCGAAACCCUGACCGAGAUGUACACAGAGUUCCUGCUCUAUCACCUGGACAAGUCCAAGGAGCGAGACAGCCAGAAGAGCACGGAGGACGUCAAAGCGCUGGCCAAGCUGGCUUUUCAGCACCUGAUGAAAAAGCAACAGAUCUUCUACGAGAGGGACUUGCGGGAAAGCGGCUUGGAUGACCGGCAGGGCGCAAAACACUCGGGAGUCUUCACCGUGGUCUUCAAGGAGGUACCCCCGCUCAAGAAAUACCAACGCAAGAUGUUUCAGUUCAUCCACCUGACCGUCCAGGAAUAUCUGGCCGCUCUCUACGUGAUGAUGAGCCUGUUCCAGGACAACACGAACGUGCUGGACGAUUACAUGUGGACGCUGAAAGGCCUAUUUCUUUGGAAGCGGAAGCAGCUCACUUCGGUACACGAGGUGGCCAUCCGCAUAGCCUCCGAGAGACAGGGAAACCUGGACUUGUUCCUCCGCUUCCUGCUGGGCCUCUCCUUGCAGUCCAACCAGGAUCUCCUGGGUGAGCUGCUGAAGGUUCCCGAGAACUACAGACACGGCAACGCAAAAACGGUCCGCUUGAUCAAGCGACGGAUCGAGCGGAAUUCUCCCGAGGAGAACAUCAACUUGUUCUACUGCCUGAAGGAGCUGAAGGACGAGUCCCUGCUGGAGCAGAUCCAACAAUACCUAAAAGGGGGGGAAUUGUCCACGGAGGACCUACCUCCGGCCAUGUGGUCGGCCCUGGUCUUCUUCUUGCGGGCUUCCGACGAAGCCAUGAGCUGCUUUGACCUUGGGCAUUACGCUCCGUCCGAGAAGGGGCUCCUCAUGCUGCUGCCGGUGGUCAAGGCUUCUCGAAAAUCACUGCUCAGGGGCUGCCAGCUGAGCAAGAAAAGCUGCGAGGCGCUGGCCUCCGUUCUAAGCUCGUCCCGCACCCUGAGGCAUCUGGUUCUUAACGAGAACGACUUGUACGACGACGGGCUGGAAGCGCUCGCCGCUGGACUGGCAAAGCCGCAGUGCACCUUGCAAGUUCUCAGGCUCCGGAACUGCCAGCUGAGCAAGAAAAGCUGCGAGGCGCUGGCCUCCGUUCUUACCUCGUUCCGCACCCUGAGCCAUCUGGAUCUCAGCUUCAACGACUUGUACGACGACGGGCUGGAGGCGCUCGCCGCCGGACUGGCAAAGCCGCAGUGCACCUUGCAAGAUCUCAGGCUCCGGAACUGCCAGCUGAGCAAGAAAAGCUGCGAGGCGCUGGCCUCCGUUCUAAGCUCGCCCGGCAGCCUGAGGGAGCUGGAUCUCAGCGACAACGACUUGCGUGACGACGGGCUGGAGGCGCUCGCCGCCGGACUGGCAAAGCCGCAGUGCACCUUGCAAGUUCUCAGGCUCCAGUUGUGCAAGCUGAGCAAGAAAAGCUGCGAGGCGCUGGCCUCCGUUCUAAGCUCGCCCGGCAGCCUGAGGGAGCUGGAUCUCGGCUUCAACGACUUGCGUGACGACGGGCUGGAGGCGCUCGCCGCCGGACUGGCAAAGCCGCAGUGCACCUUGCAAGUUCUCAGGCUGGCGUGGUGUGAGAUCGGCACACGAGGAUGCGUCUCACUGGCCAAGGCUCUCCGGUCCAACCCUUCCCACCUCCAACAGCUGAACCUGAGGGGGAAUAACAUCGGAGAGGAAGGAAAGCGGGCCUUGGAGGAGGUCCAAAUGGAUUCUCGCUGCAGUCUGAAGAUCGAUGGGGUUCAUGCGGGAAAGAUGGCUCUGGAUAUGGAAAUCAAGGGCCUGCUGUUGGAAACGCUGAAAGACCUGAAGCAGGAGGACUUCAAGGAGUUCAAGUAUUAUAUGGACCUGCCCGAGAGCGUCAAAGAAAACGCAGACCGGACUGACAUCGCCGCACAGCUGAUGAACAGGCACGGCAAGAACGCGGGGGAGAAGACCAUCGAGAUUCUGGAGAAGAUCAACAACUACAACCUGGCCCAGAAGCUGCGCAACGACCUGGCGCAAAUCACAGGUAGCAUCUCCUCAGUGGAUAACGAGCAGAUCGGCAAAUUCAAGCGGGAGCUGCAAGGGAACCUGCGGAAGAUCUACCUCAACGUUCCCGAGGGCAACACGGGGUACAGCCAGCAGAAGCCUCUGGAGAACGUCUACACCGAGCUCAACAUUACCCGCGGCGUCGCCGGUCUCCCCGACAAGCAGCACGAGGUCCUUCAGAUGGAGAUGUGCGGCGUGGCCGAGGAGGAGUCCAUCCAGCCGUGCGACAUCUUCGAAAGCCAGAAGCCCCUUCGCACGAUGCUCACCGUGGGCUUCGCGGGUAUCGGGAAGACUUUCCUGGUGCGCAAGUUUGUCCUGGACUGGGCCAGCGGGGAAACCAACACAGACGUGGACUUCAUCUUUCCCUUCGCCUUCCGCGAGUUGAACUUGGAAGAGGGGAAAAGCUUUUCGCUGGCGGAGCUCAUCCGACUCUUUGUCUGGGAGAGCAAGGCCAUCAAGAUGCUGGACCACAUCUUGGUCAGUCUGCAAGAGUCGGCCAACCGCCACUACCAGUCCAGCAAGAUCAAGAUUUUGUUUGUGCUGGACGGCCUGGACGAGUCCCGCCUCAAACUGGACUUGAGCGACGUGCGCAAGGUGGACCCGGACGUGACCCGAGCCUACCCCAUGGAGGUGCUCCUGGCGCAUCUCAUCAAGGGGAACCUGCUUCCCUGCGCCCGGGUUUGGAUCACCACGCGGCCCCAGGCGGCCCACGACAUCCCGCCGCGCCUGGUGGACGGCAGAACCGAGGUGAAAGGCUUCAGCGACUCCCAGAGGAUGGACUACUUCAGGAAGAGGUUCCCCGCCGAGGAGGACGUCAUCAAGCACAUCCAGAAGUCCCGCACCAUUUUCAUCAUGUGCCACUUGCCCAUCUUCUGCUGGCUCACCGCCACCGUUCUCCAAGACUGUCGGAAACACGGAAAGGAGCUGCCCGAAACCCUGACCGAGAUGUACACAGAGUUCCUGCUCUAUCACCUGGACAAGUCCAAGGAGCGAGACAGCCAGAAGAGCACGGAGUACGUCAAAGCGCUGGCCAAGCUGGCUUUUCAGCAGCUGAUGAAAAAGAAACACAUCUUCUACGAGAGCGACUUGCGGGAAAGCGGCUUGGAUGACCCGCGGGGCGCAAAACACUCGGGAGUCUUCACCGUGGUCUUCAAGGAGGUACCCCCGCUCAAGAAAUACCAACGCAAGAUGUUUCAGUUCAUCCACCUGACCGUCCAGGAAUAUCUGGCCGCUCUCUACGUGAUGAUGAGCCUGUUCCAGGACAACAAGAACGUGCUGGACGAUUACGUGUGGACGCUGAAAGGCCUCCUGUUGUUUUGGAAGCGGAACCAGCUCACUUGGGUACACGAGGCGGCCAUCCGCAUAGCCUCCGAGAGUGAGGGAAACCUGGACUUGUUCCUCCGCUUCCUGCUGGGUCUCUCCUUGCAGUGCAACCAGAAAAUCCUGGGUGAGCUGCUGAAGGUUCCCAGGAACUACAGACACAGCAAGGCAGAAACGGUCCGCUUGAUCAAGCGACGGAUCGAGCGGAAUUCUCCCGAGGAGAACAUCAACUUGUUCCACUGCCUGAACGAGCUGAAGGACGAGUCCCUGCUGGAGCAGAUCCAACGAUACCUAAAAGGGGGGGGAUUGUCCACGGAGGACCUACCUCCGGCCAUGUGGUCGGCCCUGCUCUUCUUCUUGCGGGCUUCCGACGAAGCCAUGAGCUGCUUCGAACUCCGGAAAUACGCUCCGUCCGAGAAGGGGCUCCUGAUGCUGCUGCCGGUGGUCAAGGCUUCUCAAAAAUCAGUGCUCAGGGGCUGCCAGCUGAGCAAGAAAAGCUGCGAGGCGCUGGCCUCCGUUCUAAGCUCGCCCGGCAGCCUGAGGGAGCUGGAACUUGGCUACAACAACUUGCAUGACGACGGGCUGGAGGCGCUCGCCGCAGGACUGGCAAAGCCGCAGUGCACCUUGCAAGUUCUCAGACUCAGGGAUUGCCAGCUGAGCGAGAAAAGCUGCGAGGCGCUGGCCUCAGUUCUAAGCUCGCCCGGCAGCCUGAGGGAGCUGGAUCUCAGCGGCAACGACUUGCACGACCACGGGCUGGAGGCGCUCGCCGCUGGACUGGCAAAGCCGCAGUGCACCUUGCAAGUUCUCUGGCUCCAGAGCUGCAAGCUGAGCAAGAAAAGCUGCGAGGCGCUGGCCUCCAUUCUAAGCUCUUCCCGCACCCUGAGGCAUCUGGAUCUUAACGGGAACGACUUGUGCGACGAUGGGCUGGAGGCGCUCGCCGCCGGACUGGCAAAGCCGCAGUGCACCUUGCAAGUUCUCGGGCUGGUGCGGUGCAAGAUUGGCACACGAGGAUGCGUCUCACUGGCCAAGGCUCUCCGGUCCAACCCCUCCCACCUCCAACAGCUGGACCUGGGGGGCAAUCACAUCGGAGAGGAAGGAAAGCGGGCCUUGGAGGAGGUCCAAAUGGAUUCUCCCUGCAGUCUGAAGAUUCAAGUGGUUCAUGCGGGAACGAUGGCUCUGGAUAUGAAAAUCAAGGGCCUGCUGUUGGAAACGCUGAAAGACCUGCGGCAGGGGGACUUCAAGAAGUUCAAGUUUCAUAUGGACCUGCCCGAGAGCGUCAAAGAAAACCCAGACCGGACUGACAUCGCCGCACAGCUGAUGAACAGGCACGGCAAGAACGCGGGGGAGAAGACCAUCGAGAUUCUGGAGAAGAUCGCCCACUACAACCUGGCCCAGAAGCUGCGCAACGACCUGCCGCAAAUCACAGGUAGCAUCUCCUCAGUGGAUAACGAGCAGAUCGGCAAAUUCAAGCGGGAGCUGCAAGAGAACCUGCGGAAGAGAUACCUCAACGUUCCCAAGGGCAACACGGGGUACGGCCGGCAGGAGCCUCUGGAGAACGUCUACACUGAGCUCAACAUUACCCGCGGCGUCGCCAGUCUCCCCGACAAGCAGCACGAGGUCCUUCAGAUGGAGAUGUGCGGCGUGGCCGAGGAGGAGUCCAUCCAGCCGUGCGACAUCUUCCAAAGCCAGGAGCCCCUUCGCACGAUGCUCACCGUGGGCUUCGCGGGCAUCGGGAAGACUUUCCUGGUGCGCAAGUUUGUCCUGGACUGGGCCAGCGGGGAAACCAACACAGACGUGGACUUCAUCUUUCCCUUCGCCUUCCGCGAGUUGAACUUUGAGGAGGAGAAAAGCUUUUCGCUGGCGGAGCUCAUCCGACUCUUUGUCUGGGAGAGCAAGGCCAUCAAGUUGCUGGACCACAUCUUGGUCAGUCUGCAAGAGUCGGCCAACCGCCACUACCAGUCCAGCAAGAUAAAGAUUUUGUUUGUGCUGGACGGCCUGAACGAGUCCCGCCUCAAACUGGACCUGAGCCUCAAGCGCAAGGUGUACCCGGACGUGACCCGAGCCUACCCCGUAGAGGUGCUCCUGGCGCAUCUCAUCAAGGGGAACCUGCUUCCCUGCGCCCAGGUUUGGAUCACCACGCGGCCCCAGGCGGCCCACGACAUCCCGCCGCGCCUGGUGGACGGCAGAACCGAGGUGAAAGGCUUCAGCGACUCCCAGAGGCUGGACUACUUCAGGAAGAGGUUCCCUGACAAGGAGGACGUCAUCAAUCACAUCCAGAGGUCUCGCACCAUUUUCAUCAUGUGCCACUUGCCCAUCUUCUGCUGGCUCACCGCCACCGUUCUCCAAGACUGUCGGGAUGCCGGAAAGGAGCUGCCCGAAACCCUGACCGAGAUGUACACAGAGUUCCUGCUCUAUCACCUGGACAAGUCCAAGGAGCGAGACAGCCAGAAGAGCACGGAGUACGUCAAAGCGCUGGCCAAGCUGGCUUUUCAGCAGCUGAUGAAAAAGCAACAGAUCUUCUACGAGAGCGACUUGCGGGAAAGCGGCCUGGAUGACCCGCAGGGCGCAAAACACUCGGGAGUCUUCACCGUGGUCUUCAAGGAGGUACCCCCGCUCAAGAAAUACCAACGUAAGAGGUUUCAGUUCAUCCACCUGACCGUCCAGGAAUAUCUGGCCGCUCUCUACGUGAUGAUGAGCCUGUUCCAGGACAACAAGAACGUGCUGGACGAUUCCGGGUGGACGCGGGAGUGGAAGCCGCUCACUGAAGUUCAUGCGGCGGCCAUCCGCAAAGCCUCCAAGAGUGAGGGAAACCUGGACUUGUUCCUCCGCUUCCUGCUGGGCCUCUCGUUGCAGUGCAACCAGGAUCUCCUGGGUGAGCUGCUGAAGGUUCCCAAGAACUACAGACACGGCAACGCAGAAACGGUCCACUUGAUCAAGCGACGGAUCGAGCGGAAUUCUCCCGAGGAGAACAUCGACUUGUUCUCCUGCCUGAAGGAGCUGAAGGACGAGUCCCUGCUGGAGCAGAUCCAACAAUACCUAAAAGGGGGGCGAUUGUUCAGGGAGGACCAACCUCCAGCCAUGUGGUCGGCCCUGCUCUUCUUCUUGCGGGCUUCCGACGAAGCCAUGAGCUGCUUCGAACUCCGGAAAUACGCUCCGUCCGAGAAGGGGCUCCUGAUGCUGCUGCCGGUGGUCAAGGCUUCUCAUAAAUCAGUGCUCGAGAACUGCAACCUGAGCAAGAAAAGCUGCGAGGCGCUGGCCUCCGUUCUAAGCUCGUCCCGCUCCCUGAGCCAUCUGGAUCUCAGCUGGAAUGACUUGCACGACGACGGGCUGGAGGCGCUCGCCACCGGACUGGCAAAGCCGCGGUGCACCUUGCAAGUUCUCAGGCUCUUUUGCUGCAAGCUGAGCAAGAAAAGCUGCGAGGCGCUGGCCUCCGUUCUAAGUUCGCCCGGCAGCCUGAGGCAUCUGGAUCUAAGCUGGAACGACUUGCACGACGACGGGCUGGAGGCGCUCGCCGCCGGACUGGCAAAGCCGCAGUGCACCUUGCAAGUUCUCAGGCUGGUGCGGUGCGAGAUCGGCACACGAGGAUGCGUCUCACUGGCCAAGGCUCUCCGGUCCAACCCCUCCCACCUCCAACAGCUGAACCUGGGUGGCAAUGACAUCGGAAAGGAAGGAAAGCGGGCCUUGGGGAAGGUCCAAAUGGAUUCUUGCGGCAGUCUGAAGAUUCAAAUGGUUCAUGCGGGAACGAUGGCUCUGGAUAUGAGAAUCAAGGACCUGCUGUUGAAAACGCUGGAAGACCUGGAGCAGGAGGACUUCAAGAAGUUCAAGUAUUAUAUGAACCUGCCCAAGAGCAAAAAAGAAAACGCAGACCGGAUUGACAUCGCCGAACAGCUGGCCAACACGCACGGCAAGAACGCGGGGGAGAAGACCAUCGAGAUUCUGGAGAAGAUCAACAACUACAACCUGGCCCAGAAGCUGCGCAACGACCUGGCGCAAAUCACAGGUAGCAUCUCCUCAGUGGAUAACGAGCAGAUCGGCAAAUUCAAGCGGGAGCUGCAAGGGAACCUGCGGAAGAUCUACCUCAACGUUCCCGAGGGCAACACGGAGUACAGCCGGCAGAAGCCUCUGGAGAACGUCUACACCGAGCUCAACAUUACCCGCGGCGUCGCCGGUCUCCCCGACAAGCAGCACGAGGUCCUUCAGAUGGAGAUGUGCGGCGUGGCCGAGGAGGAGUCCAUCCAGCCGUGCGACAUCUUCCAAAGCCAGGAGCCCCUUCGCACGAUGCUCACCGUGGGCUUCGCGGGCAUCGGGAAGACUUUCCUGGUGCGCAAGUUUGUCCUGGACUGGGCCAGCGGGAGAACCAACACAGACGUGGACUUCAUCUUUCCCUUCGCCUUCCGCGAGUUGAACUUGGAGGAGGAGAAAAGCUUUUCGCUGGCGGAGCUCAUCCGACUCUUUGUCUGGGAGAGCGAGGCCAUCAAGAUGCUGGACCACAUCUUGGUCAGUCUGCAAGAGUCGGCCAACUGCCACUACCAGUCCAGCAAGAUCAAGAUUUUGUUUGUGCUGGACGGCCUGGACGAGUCCCGCCUCAAACUGGACCUGAGCGACGAGCGCAAGAAGCGCCUGGAUGUGACCCGAGCCUACCCCGUGGAGGUGCUCCUGGCGCAUCUCAUCAAGGGGAACCUGCUUCCCUGCGCCCGGGUUUGGAUCACCACGCGGCCCCAGGCGGCCCACGACAUCCCGCCGCGCCUGGUGGACGGCAGAACCGAGGUGAAAGGCUUCAGCGACUCCCAGAGGCUGGACUACUUCAGGAAGAGGUUCCCCAAUGACAAGGAGGACGUCAUCAAGCACAUCCAGAAGUCCCGCACCAUUUUCAUCAUGUGCCACUUGCCCAUCUUCUGCUGGCUCACCGCCACCGUUCUCCAAGACUGUCGGAAACACGGAAAGGAGCUGCCCGAAACCCUGACCGAGAUGUACACAGAGUUCCUGCUCUAUCACCUGGACAAGUCCAAGGAGCGAGACAGCCAGAAGAGCGCGGAGUACGUCAAAGCGCUGGCCAAGCUGGCUUUUCAGCAGCUGAUGAAAAAGCAACAGAUCUUCUACGAGAGCGACUUACAGAAAAGCGGCUUGGAUUACCUGCAGGGCGCAAAACACUCGGGAGUCUUCACCGUGGUCUUCAAGGAGGUACCCCCGCUCAAGAAAUACCAACGCAAGAUGUUUCAGUUCAUCCACCUGACCGUCCAGGAAUAUCUGGCCGCUCUCUCCGUGAUGAUGAGCCUGUUCCAUGACAACAAGAACGUGCUGGACGAUUCCGGGUGGACGCUGAAAGACAUCCUGUUGUUUUGGAAGUGGAAGCCGCUCGCUGAAGUCCAUGAGGCGGCCAUCCACAAAGCCUCCGAGAGUGAGGGAAACCUGGACUUGUUCCUCCGCUUCCUGCUGGGCCUCUCCUUGCAGUGCAACCAGGAUCUCCUGGGUGAGCUGCUGAAGGUUCCCGAGAACUACAGACACGGCAACGCAGAAACGGUCCGCUUGAUCAAGCGACGGAUCGAGCGGAAUUCUCCCGAGGAGAACAUCAACUUGUUCUACUGCCUGAAGGAGCUGAAGGACGAGUCCCUGCUGGAGCAGAUCCAACAAUACCUAAAAGGGGGGAAAUUGUCCACGCAGGACCUACCUCCGGCCAUGUGGUCGGCCCUGGUCUUCUUCUUGCGGGCUUCCGACGAAGCCAUGAGCUGCUUCGAUCUCCGGAAAUACGCUCCGUCCGAGAAGGGGCUCCUGAUGCUGCUGCCGGUGGUCAAGGCUUCUCAAAAAUCAGUGCUCCAGCACUGCGAGCUGAGCAAGAAAAGCUGCGAGGCGCUGGCCUCCGUUCUAAGCUCGCCCGGCAGCCUGAGCCAUCUGGAUCUCAGCUGGAACAACUUGCGUGACGACGGGGUGGAGGCGCUCGCCGCCGGACUGGCAAAGCCGCAGUGCACCUUGCAAGUCCUCAAGCUCUAUCAUUGCCAGCUGAGCAAGAAAAGCUGCGAGGCGCUGGCCUCCGUUCUAAGCUCGUCCCGCACCCUGAGCCAUCUGGAUCUCAGCAGCAACGACUUGCGCGACGACGGGCUGGAGGCGCUCACCGCCGGACUGGCAAAGCCGCAGUGCACCUUGGAAGUUCUCGGGCUCUAUUGCUGCAAGCUGAGCACGAAAAGCUGCGAGGCGCUGGCCUCCGUUCUAAGCUCGCCCGGCAGCCUGAACCAUCUGGAUCUCAGCGGGAACGACUUGCACGACCACGGGCUGUAUGCGCUCUCCGCCGGACUGGCAAAGCCGCGGUGCACCUUGCAGGUUCUCAAGCUCAGGGGCUGCCAGCUGAGCAAGAAAAGCUGCGAGGCGCUGGCCUCCGUUCUAAGCUCGCCCGGCAGCCUGAGGGAGCUGGAUCUCGCCUACAACGACUUGCGUGACGACGGGCUGGAGGCGCUCGCCGCCGGACUGGCAAAGCCGCAGUGCACCUUGCAAGUUCUCUGGCUCCGGAACUGCCAGCUGAGCAAGAAAAGCUGCGAGGCGCUGGCCUCCGUUCUAAGCUCGCCCGGCAGCCUGAGGGAGCUGGAUCUCAGCUGGAACGACUUGCACGACGACGGGCUGGAGGUGCUCGCUGCCGGACUGGCAAAGCCGCAGUGCACCUUGCAAGUUCUCAGGCUCAGGAAAUGCCAGCUGAGCAAGAAAAGCUGCGAGGCGCUGGCCUCCGUUCUAAGCUCGUCCCGCACCCUGAGCCAUCUGGAUCUCAGCUGGAACAACUUGCGUGACGACGGGGUGGAGGCGCUCGCCGCCGGACUGGCAAAGCCGCAGUGCACCUUGCAAGUCCUCAAGCUUUGUUACUGCCAGCUGAGCAAGAAAAGCUGCGAGGCGCUGGCCUCCGUUCUAAGCUCGCCCGGCAGCCUGAGGGAGCUGGAACUUGGCUAUAACGACUUGUGUGACGACGGGCUGGAGGCGCUCGCCGCCGGACUGGCAAAGCCGCAGUGCACCUUGCAAGUCCUCAAGCUCAGGGGCUGCAAGCUGAGCAAGAAAAGCUGCGAGGCGCUGGCCUCCGUUCUAAGCUCGCCCGGCAGCCUGAGCCAUCUGGAUCUCAGCUGGAACAACUUGCGUGACGACGGGGUGGAGGCGCUCGCCGCCGGACUGGCAAAGCCGCAGUGCACCUUGCAAGUCCUCAAGCUCAGGGGCUGCAAGCUGAGCAAGAAAAGCUGCGAGGCGCUGGCCUCCAUUCUAAGCUCGCCCGGCAGCCUGAGGAAGCUGGAUCUCGCCUACAACGACUUGCGUGACGACGGGCUGGAGGCGCUCGCCGCCGGACUGGCAAAGCCGCAGUGCACCUUGCAAGUUCUCGGGCUCCAGAGGUGCAAGCUGAGCAAGAAAAGCUGCGAGGCGCUGGCCUCCGUUCUAAGCUCGCCCGGCAGCCUGAGGGAGCUGGAUCUCGGCUACAACGACUUGUGUGACGACAGGCUGGAGGCGCUCGCCGCCGGACUGGCAAAGCCGCAGUGCACCUUGCAAGUUCUCAAGCUCCAGAGGUGCAAGCUGAGCAAGAAAAGCUGCGAGGCGCUGGCCUCCGUUCUAAGCUCGUCCCGCACCCUGAGCCAUCUGGAUCUAAGCUGGAACGACUUGCACGACGACAGGCUGGAGGCGCUCGCCGCCGGACUGGCAAAGCCGCAGUGCACCUUGCAAGAUCUCGGGCUGGUGUUGUGCGAGAUCGGCACACGAGGAUGCGUCUCACUGGCCAAGGCUCUCCGGUCCAACCCCUCCCACCUCCAACAGCUGGACCUGAGCUCGAAUGACAUCGGAGAGGAAGGAAAGCGGGCCUUGGAGGAGGUCCAAAUGGAUUCUCGCUGCAGUCUGAAGAUCAAGUGGAUGAUUGAUGUGACGCCAUUGACGCUAGCCUUGGAUCCUUGGGAAGAGUUCUGAGGACGGAUGGAUGUGGAUGCAUGCAGAAGGUCGCGAAGGAUGCGUUUCCCAUGGAGCGUAU